GUAUGUUAACGUUAAAAAAGUGAAAAUUUUUAAGGAAAGAGUUUAAUUUAAUGGAGAUCAGAGAAGAAAACUUGAAAUAAGAAUUCAAUGUAUGAAAGCUUAUUAAUAUGUUCUCUAGUAUUAUUGAAUUUGAUGAUUUCUAAAGUCCAAUAUUACGAAUUCCGUUGAGACCAAGAAAAAAGUAUAAGUGGUUUUAGAGUUGUGUCAAGCCAACGCCAUAUCAGAGCUUUGACCACCAUCUCGGCUAACCUCUGGAUAUUGUAAAAAAGCAUAUAUCCUAUAACGUUGGCAUACCUGUACAAGUUUUACAUCUUUAACAGUUCAUAAUGGACCAUUCGGAGCAUUCUAUGGAUCACCAUGCCGGACAUGAUCAUGGUCACAGCAUGCACGAUAUGCAUGGGGACGCUCAUGCCGGUCACGGGAUUUUAUCACUGACCACUACAACAACAACAACAAUGCCACCAACAGUGAUACCCGCCACACAUGAGCACUUGCAUCAUGCACCAGCUGGACAGAGCGAUAUGGGACACAUGAACCAUAUGAAUCACAUGAUGAAUCAUAUGAUGUCUAUGUCGUUUCAUUUUGGCUAUGAAGAAACAAUACUAUUUGAAUUUUGGAAAAUUGAUAGCAUCGCUGGCUUAAUAGGUUCCAUGGCAGGCAUAUUCAUAUUGGCCGUUUUAUAUGAAGGUUUAAAAUAUUAUCGGGAAUUUUUGUUUUGGAAAACAUACAAUUUAUUGGAAUAUCGCCCAGUUACGGGGCCACAAACUAAUCCAGAGGUGGGACAAAUACAACCAGCGCCCAGCAAUCCAACACCGGUGCAAUAUGUCGGAGAAGUUAUUCAUAAGCAACCAUUUAUAAAAUGGUGUAACAUGGAUAAAUUUAGCAGAAAUGCUUUGUUGUGGCCAACAAUGUUCUCGCUGAAUCACUUUAUUCAGACUGCUUUGCAUAUGGUACAGGUUACAGUAUCCUUCCUACUCAUGUUGAUAUUCAUGACCUACAAUGUGUGGCUGUGUUUGGCCGUUGUUGUGGGAGCUGCCGUCGGCUAUUUCCUUUUCUGCUGGAAGAAAUCCGUAAUUGUGGAUGUAACUGAACAUUGUCACUAGCAAAAGACCCAUUAUGAAUGUUGGGAAGCUGCUUGGCGACCAAAGCGAGGAAUGCAGCUGGCGCGUGACAACGCAACUUCAAUGCAACGUCAGCUACUUAUAAACGAUGACCUACAAUAGACAAACAAAACAAAACAACAAAACAAACAAACA